UGGAUUCUUCACUAACAACAAACAAAAGAUCGGGUUUACCUACAGAGCUAUCUGUCGAUGUCCAGGCUUAAUAUAGCACGUAGGAUCCAUUGUGUAUCACGUAGAGUCAUAGCGUCAAACUUGUAUAACAUGUCAUAGGUCGCGAAUGUUCGUAAGAGUUAUACUUUAUUUCCGUUGUACAUGCCAGCUAAUGUUAGAUAGCUAGUUUCCAUUGCUCACUUGGGCAAGAGAACUGAGGAGCUAACUCGAGGUGCUCUUUGCAUCGGAGCUAGCUGGCUAGCUGGGUUCAGAGGGGUUUACAACACAGUCAGGACCACGACAUUUGUGGUCAUAGUAAACGACUAAAAUCGGCCGCUCUUCAAUAGCAGUCCAGCUGUAAAAAGCUGGCUAGCUAUUAAAGCAAACGGAUUAGAACUAUUAGCCAUGUCAGGACCAUCUUCGGGCUGUGGAUUGUUCAUGUCGGUUGUUGUUCACGGAGACUCUGCUCUUAACGAGCAGGAAAAGGAGCUCAAUCAGCGACUCAGAAGAUUAUAUCCAGCUGUAAAUGAACAAGAGACUCCACUGCCUAGAUCAUGGAGUCCCAAGGACAAGUUCAGUUACAUUGGUCUUUCACAGAACAAUCUCCGAGUACACUAUAAAGGUCAUGGAAAAACCCCAAAAGAUGCUGCCUCUGUAAGGGCAACCCACCCUAUCCCAGCAGCUUGCGGUGUUUACUAUUUUGAGGUGAAGAUCAUCAGCAAAGGUCGAGAUGGUUAUAUGGGCAUUGGCCUCUCUGCUCAGGGUGUCAACAUGAACAGACUCCCAGGUUGGGACAAACACUCAUAUGGCUACCAUGGAGAUGACGGACACUCCUUCUGCUCAUCGGGCACAGGGCAGCCCUAUGGCCCAACGUUUACCACUGGCGACGUUAUUGGCUGCUGUGUCAACCUCAUCAACAAUACCUGCUUCUACACAAAGAAUGGUCAUAGUCUAGGUAUAGCUUUCACAGAUCUGCCGCCCAACCUGUACCCCACAGUUGGCCUGCAGACCCCAGGGGAAGUGGUGGAUGCUAACUUUGGGCAGCACCCCUUUGUGUUUGACAUUGAGGACUACAUGAGCGAGUGGAGAACAAAGAUACAGGGCCAGGUGGACCAUUUCCCUGUCGGCGAGCGAGAGGGAGAAUGGCAAGCUAUGCUGCAGAAGAUGGUGGCCUCCUACCUAGUUCACCACAGCUACUGUGCCACUGCCGAGGCCUUUGCCAAAUCCACUGACCAGGCUGUGCAGGAGGAACUGGCUUCCAUCAAAAACCGACAGAAUAUCCAGAAGUUAGUCCUAUCAGGAAGAAUGGGCGAAGCCAUAGAAACCACACAACAACUUUACCCCAGCCUCUUAGAGAGUAACCCGGACCUCUUAUUCAUGUUAAAAGUCAGGCAGUUUAUCGAGAUGGUGAACGGUACGGACAGCGAGGUGCGGUGCUUGGGUGGUCGCAGUCCCAAAUCCCAGGACAACUACCCUGACUCACCCUGCCCCUUCAGCAGCCCCUCUCACAAAUCCAGUUGCACACAGGGCUCACUGACGGGUUUUGAGGGUAACUGUUGUAACGGAGUGUCGUCUAGUAAAGCUCCAGCCGCAGCCUCAGCCCACUCUGGGAAGACCUGCCCUUCCAGUCUGGCGGGUGGGGAUCUCGGCAGCAUGAACGGCACACACAGCCAGCAGCAGCAGCAGCAGCAGCAGCCAAGCACCAGUAGCGAAGUGGAGAUGGAGGUGGAUCAUUUCUCCAAUGGCACCACAGAAUCCUCCUCAAAUGGCUUUCUCAAUGGGAGCUCAACGCAUGGGGUGGAACCAGAGGAAUGUGAUACAGAUAUGGAGGUGGAACCUGCUCAGUUCAAGAGGCAGCUAUGCGGCGGCAGCUCGAUGGCCAUUGAGAAGAUGAUCCACUUUGGCCGGGAGCUGCAGAGCCUGAGCGAGCAUCUUCGCCGGGAGCGCGGCAAGAAUGCCACCAACAGGAAGAUGCUGCGGGAUGCCUUCAGCCUUCUGGCGUACUCGGAUCCCUGGAGCAGUCCAGUGGGCUAUCAGUUGGACUCAAUCCAAAGAGAGCCAGUCUGCUCCACACUAAACAGUGCAAUAUUAGAGACUUAUAACCUGCCCAAGCAGCCCCCUCUUGCCCAGGCAGUUGGCCAGGCUGCACAGUGCCUGUCCCUCAUGGCACGCACAGGCAUUGGCUCCUGCGCCUUCGCUUCAGUUGAUGACUACCUGCACUAGCCCCCAGAGAGCCCCGCCCCACCCCC